CACAUUGGUGCGCGUCGCGUCGGGCGCGUCCGUGACGUCAUCAGCGCGCUGUUCCUCUCGCCCUUUCAGAGCUCGAGCCGCCGUGCGCGUGCAGAACCACAACAGGGAACAACAAACAAACAAACAGUCCAACAAUAAACACGACGCGCAGAGUCGCGGCGAGGGAGUGAAGCGAUGGCUGGGCUGAUGUCUGGGUUUGGCUGCUUUACGCACGCCGUGGUGCGCGCGGUGCCACAGUCUCUGGCCAGAGACGCGCUGAGGAGCGGCGGUCUGGAGGUGGACCUGCUCAAGGUGCAGGAGGAGUAUGAAGAAUACGUGUCAGUCCUGAAGCACCGGCUCGGGCUGGAGGUGCUGGAGCUGCCCGCGGACGAGGCGCUGCCGGACUGCGUGUUCGUGGAGGACGCGGCGGUGGUGUGCGGCGACACGGCGCUCGUCUCCAGACCCGGAGCCCAGAGCAGGAGGAGGGAGACGGAGGCCGUGAAAGCUGCGUUGACGGAGCUUGGGCUUAAUAUAGUGGAGAUGACCGAUGAAUCAGCCACGCUGGACGGAGGAGACGUCCUGUUCACAGGUAGAGAAUUCUUUGUGGGAUUAUCCAAGAGGACCAACCAGAGAGGAGCGGAGAUCCUGGCCGACGCAUUCAAGGACUACGCCGUGUCCACGGUUCCCGUUCAGGACGCACUGCAUCUGAAGAGUUUCUGCAGCAUGGCCGGACCAGGUCUCAUCGCCAUAGGAUCCAGCGAAGCCGCGCAGAAAGCCCUGAAGAAAGAGUACAGAAAGCAUGCUAUUCUGGAUAUAAAAGAAGGGAUUCUGGGUUAA